CUCCGCUGCGGUCAGGUGAUCCGGUGCCGAGCAGCUGUGCAGCCUCCUCUCUCUCACCAUCAGACAACGGGAGUCACCGGCGCCGAUCACACUCCUCCUCCUGCUCCUCUCGCCCCCGACGUCCAAAGCGUCGGCUUUUUUGUUUUGAACGCCUCUCGGUUGAAAUCGCUGCCCCGUAGGAGCGUCGCGUCCGCGGAUCGACAUGUGGGACCGAGUCGCCUUCCUGCUGCUGGCCGCCGCCGCCACCUCGGCUCUGUCCGCCGAGGUGCCUACAGAUGUUUCUAUGGGUCUGUUGGCAGAGCCCCAGGUGGCCAUGUUUUGCGGCAAACUCAACAUGCACAUCAAUGUGCAGAGCGGCAAGUGGGAGCCGGACCCCUCCGGCACCAAGAGCUGCAUCGGCACCAAGGAGGGCAUCCUGCAGUACUGCCAGGAGGUGUACCCAGAGCUCCAGAUCACCAAUGUAGUGGAGGCCAACCAGCCAAUCAGCAUCCAGAACUGGUGCAAGAAGGGCCGCAAGCAGUGUCGCACACACAUGCACAUCGUUGUGCCCUACCGCUGCCUGGUCGGAGAGUUUGUGAGUGAUGCUCUGCUCGUUCCGGACAAGUGCAAGUUCCUGCACCAGGAGCGCAUGGACCAGUGUGAGAGCCACCUGCACUGGCACACUGUAGCCAAGGAGUCCUGCGGAGACCGCACCAUGAAUCUCCACGACUACGGGAUGCUGUUGCCGUGCGGCAUCGACCGCUUCCGAGGAGUGGAGUUUGUGUGCUGCCCCGUCGAGACGGAGCGCGACGCCGACAGCGCCGAGCAGGACGCUGACGACUCUGAUGUCUGGUGGGGCGGUGCCGAGACCGACUACUCUGACAACAGUAUGGUGCGGGAGCCCGAGCCAGCAGAGAAGCAAGAGGAAGCCAGGCCAUCUGCGGUAGUGCAGGGCGACGAAAAGGAGGAGGAGCAGGAGGUGGUGGCCGAGGAGAAGGACGAGGAAGAAGAAGAUGAGGAGGUGGACGACGACCCGCUGGACGACGACCAGGACGGAGAUGGAGAAGAGGACGAAGAGGCAAUGGACGAAGAGGACGAAGAGGAGGGAGAUGACGAGGACAUCGUCGACAUGCUCGACGACAACGAGGAUGCCGACGAGCCCACCACCAAUGUUGCCAUGACAACCACCACCACCACCACCACCACUGAGUCUGUCGAGGAAGUUGUCAGGGAUGUGUGCUGGGCCAAUGCAGAGACCGGUCCUUGCCGGGCCAUGCUGCCGCGCUGGUACUUUGACCGACAGGAGGGCCGCUGUGCUCAGUUUAUCUACGGCGGCUGCGGGGGCAACAGGAAUAACUUUGAGUCCGAGGAGUACUGCCUGUCUGUCUGCAGCAGCGUCAUACCCACAGCCACGCCCAGCUCCCCCGACGCCGUGGACCACUACCUGGAGACGCCCACCGACGAAAACGAACACGCCCACUUCCAGAAGGCCAAGGAGAGCCUGGAGGCCAAGCACCGCGAGAGGAUGUCCCAGGUGAUGAGAGAGUGGGAGGAGGCCGAGAGGGAGGCCAAGAAUCUUCCACGUGCCGACAAGAAGGCUGUCAUCCAGCGUUUCCAGGAGAAGGUGGAGGCGCUGGAGCAGGAGGCGGCCAGCGAACGCCAGCAGCUGGUGGAGACCCACAUGGCCCGGGUGGAGGCUCUGCUCAACGAUCGCCGUCGCCUGGCUCUGGAGAGCUACCUGACCGCCCUGCAGCAGGACCCGCCGAGGCCCCGUCACGUCUUCAGCCUGUUGAAGAAGUACGUGCGCGCCGAGCAGAAGGACAGGCAGCACACCCUCAAACACUUUGAGCACGUCCGCAUGGUGGACCCCAAGAAGGCAGCCCAGAUUAGACCUCAGGUGCUGACCCACCUGCGUGUCAUCGAGGAGCGUAUGAACCAGUCUCUGGGACUUCUCUACAAGGUGCCCGGCGUGGCCGACGAUAUCCAGGACCAAGUCGAGCUCCUGCAGAGGGAGCAGGCGGAGAUGGCCCAGCAGCUGGCCAACCUGCAGACGGACGUGAGGGUGAGCUACGGCAACGACGCCCUGAUGCCCGACCAGGAGCUGGGAGAUGGACAGACGGACUUUUUGCCCCAGGAAGACACUCUUGGCCUGGCCGGAGUCGGCUUCAUCCACCCCGAGAGCUUCAACCAGCCCAACACCGAGAACCAGGUCGAGCCAGUGGACUCUCGCCCUAACCUUGACAGAGGCAUCCCCACACGGCCAGUGACUGGAAUGAAGAUGGAGGCUUUCCCCGAGCUGCGGAUGGAGACGGAGGACAGACAGAGCACUGAAUACGAAGUUCACCACCAGAAACUGGUCUUCUUCGCCGAGGACGUGGGCUCCAACAAGGGCGCCAUCAUCGGCCUGAUGGUCGGAGGGGUCGUCAUAGCGACCGUGAUCGUCAUCACCCUGGUGAUGCUGAGGAAGAAGCAGUACACGUCCAUCCACCACGGAGUCAUCGAGGUGGAUGCUGCCGUCACCCCCGAGGAGCGCCACCUGUCCAAGAUGCAGCAGAACGGUUACGAGAACCCCACCUAUAAGUUCUUUGAGCAGAUGAAUUGAGGAGAAUGUCACGUUUACACACACACACACACACACAUACACACACACACACACACACACACGCUCAUAAACACACACACUCAUAAACACACACACUCAAACAUUUUCCUUCCCACACAUCACUCACCUCUCCUCCCCUCCCACCCCCCCUCCCGACUAGUCCCACGUCUCCAAUAAGGCGGCCGAGAUCAUAGAGUGACUGAAAUAGUCCGUUACGAGUGACUGUAGUCUGGGUUUUCUUUCAGACUUGCCUGGGCGGACGCCAGUUUGCACCGAGUUCGUUCACUUUAUUGGAGGAAGUAGCCUUUUAAUUUAAGAAAGGGUGGGGGGGUUUAAAUAUGUCGCUCCGUCUGGGCCUGCUGGUGUAUAGAAAGAGGCCCCGCCCAGUGCAUUGCAAACAAACCCACCCAUGGGGGAAGGAAGCGGGUUCUCUCCACACUGAUUCAGGGCCAGUGUAUAGUUGGGGUUGUUUUUUUUUGUUUUAGUGUUUUUUUGCUGGCUUGGGGAAGUUUAAGGUGUUGACUUGUGUAGGCGAAAUCUGACCACUGAUCAGUCGGACAAGAGGCGCACGCUGACCUGGGCCUCGUUUACAGGAGCUGCUUAGCAUGUAGGUGACUCAUCAGAUCAUUCGUUUGUUUCCAUCAUAUUCUCUGUAAUGAAAUAUAGGUUUUUAAAUCCAGCAUCAUCUCUUUUUGUAAACGAGGCCCAGUGAUUCUCCUCCUACUGCACCACCACUGCACUCACUCUACAGUCUACACUGGAGUAUAAGUGAACCUCCUCCUCCCCUCCUCCCCUCCCUCCCUCCCUCCUCUUUUCUUUGUGCAUUCUUACGACAGCUGGGCUGUGUUAAGCCACACGAGGCUCUUAAGGAUAUUUGGAGAUUGCUAAUGAUGAUGAAUUAUGUUGAUGACGACAACGACGGUAAUUCCUACGUAUUUCUGAAUGAGUUGUUUUUGAUUUAGAGUUUUUUCUCUUAUCGUUUCCAGUUUUGUUUUUCAAAAAAGAAUGAAAAAAUAAAAAAUCAGCCAAUGUAAAGUCCUUUUUUUAAAUUGCGUGUAAUGUUACUGAAGUAAUGCUCAAGUCUUAGCUGUUCCUAUGUAGUGCAUGACAACGGGAUUUGGAAAAAAAAGAUCUUAAGGCUGCUCUCUCUCUCUCUCUCUCUCUCUCUCGAGAUCCUUUCUCACAUAUAGAUUGUCAUUCUAGCAAGAUUGUACAUUUAGUAUCUUCUCGUGAUCACGUGACUUCAAACAAAUGAUGAAGAAUAUAUAUGAAUCUAGAUGAUCAGGCUCUGCUUUGAUAUCAUGUAAACUACACAUUUAAAAGAGAUCUGUGAUUUUGGAAUUUAAGUGUGUUUGUCAUUUCUUUAAAAAAAAGAAGAAAAAAAAAGGUCUUUUCAUGCUACGUUCCUGAAGCUACAGGAGAGGGGUGGGGGAUGGCUUUUUCUGUUUGCAUAUUGUUCUCACUCACUGAAAAAUAUUGUGUUCAAAAUCCUCAUGCAUCUGCGCUUUCAGAAAUCACCCUAUUUAAUUUUUGCUUUUUUUUAUCCAUGUUUCUGUGUUUUUUGAAAAGGGCUUGUCACGGGGGUGAAGGUUACACGGAGAGCUGGAAAAAUUGCGAAGCGGUUGGGAUGGGUGAGGGGUUGUCUCUGCGUCCGCGUGUUUUGUCAUUUUCCGUCUGGUGUUUCGUCCGGUUGCACGUCAACGCUGUUUCUUUUCUGUUUUUUUUUUCUUCUUAUCAUUUCUGCUUUCUGUUGAUAAAACAGGUGAAUUGCUGAGAGGAGGAAGGAGGAGGAAGGAGGAGGGCGAGGUAGAGAGGAAAUGACUUGCAGUUCCGGAUGGAUAGCCAGCCAGGCAGGCAGUCUGUGUAUAUAAUGGAUUUUCACUUCCCCCAGCACCUCCCUUCCCCUCCCCUCCCCUUCCUCCUUCGCCUUCCCUUCACUUCAGGCGAUGCUCCUCACCUCUCUGCCAUCAACGCACACUCGGCUCCUCGCAGGCACAGAACUGGAGUCCGUAUAUAGGUAAUAGGCGUUCACCGUAAAAAGAGAGAGCCCAGAGCGAGUCGGGGUUGAAAGCAGAGGAUCAGAUAUUGGUCUGAGGUAAAUCCCCCCCUCCCUUUGUUCAUCUUCAUACAGUCAGCUCACGUGACAGAUUAGUCCCCAUCCCAACAUUACACAAAGAAAUACAGUGUGACCUCUCACUCUGUUUGUGCGGCUGAUGGCGAGUAAGAUCUGUGCAGAGACAUGGAGGCUGCAGCGAGGCGGGCCGGUGGUGUUCGGAGGGUGCUCGUGUCGUGAGAAGCCCGACAGAGGGCAGUAGAGUAGAGGAGGAAGCAGGAUUUUCUUUCCAUCUUCUUUUCUUUCUCUGUGGGUAAUAUAUUGUUUUUUGUUUUCCACUGUGUAAUAUUGUGCAGGCCAUUUGCAUUGACUGGGAAAACGCUUUCUACACUGUAUUCCAUAAUAAAGUUUUGAAUGUA